CCGCCCAGUCUCGGUUCCGGCCAGCCAGGCGGGAGUCACCCUGCGCUCGGCUGCAGACUCCGCUGGAGGCAGGGACUCCCUGGGGCGCCCUCGGGAUUUUGCCGAAGGGACUCCUCACUUCGCUGGGCUCGCUGCGGGAGCAGACGGGGACCUCUGCGACCAAUUGAAGUGGAAGAGGAGAGAGACUUCCUGAGGAAAAAGGAGUUGGCUAUGCUGGAACUCCAGGCCCUGCAGAAGAGGCUGGAAGAGCUGCAAGAGCUGAGCAAAGGCCUGGAGGAAAACAGGCUGGAACCAGGAGCUGAACUGAUCCAGAGAGUGGCUCACUGGAGACGGGUCGAGGACCAUCUCCACCUGCAGAAGGACCGGAUGGCCGCUCUCCAGGAGGUGCAAAGAUUGCAAAAAUCCCUCCGGGAUCAGCAGGAAGAACAGAUCCACCAUCUGGAGAUGGAGCGACGCCGCCUCCACAAUGACACCCAGGAGCCCAAAGACAACAUCCCCGUGUUCUGCCGCGUGCGGCCCGUGCUGCCGGAGGAGUCGGAGCGGCAGCGGGGGCUGCAGCACCUGCACUUCUCCCCGCAGAACUCCACAACACUCAUUGUCACCCAACCCGACGAGGUACCCCGCAGAAGACAUCGGUUGCAGCUGCACCAGGAGCGGAUGUGGGAGCUCCGGGAAAAGCUGCGCCAGGCCCAGAAGCGACUCCGGAAGGUCCAGAGAGAAAAACGUAGCUUAGAGCAGAAGAACCAGCGACUUCAGGAGUCCAGGGAGCAGCUCAAGGAGUCCACAGAGACUCUACAUCAGGAGCUCAGGGAGCGGGAGAGGAGAGAGAGCACCCUGAGCUCCAGAGUACGUACCAGUUUUCAGCAAGUUUCCUGGAGAUCUACAACGAAUCCCUGCGGGAUCUGCUGCUGCGGAGAGGGGAGCGCAGAGCAGACCUCGAAAUCCGACGGAUCAGCCCCGACAGUAACGAGCUCCACGUACCCAACCUCACCUGGGUGCCAGUCACCGGGGAGGAGGAGGUGGGAAAAUGCCGAAUUCCUGGGAUUUGAGGAAGUUUGGGAAUUCUGGGGGGGAAAUUGGAGACUUUUGGGGUGAUUUGUCCCUAUUUUGGGCUGAUUUCUCUCCAUUUUGGGGUGUUUUGGGACGAUUUCUCCCCAUUUGGGGCUGAUUUUGCCACAUUCUGGGGGUUUUAAUCCCUAUUUUGGGAUGUUUUCUCCACAUUUUGGGGUGAUUUCUCUCCAUUUUGGGUUCAGUAGGGCCUGUCACAAUAGGACAGGGGCUGAGGGGGCUAAACUGGGAAAAAACUUCUUCAUCUCAGACCUGCCGUUUACACCCAUGGCAUUCAGCACUAAACCAAACCAUCCCUGUUCUUUGCUGUUAGUUCUUGAGUUUUGCUCCAGGAGUCCCAGGAGCAGCUCCAGAGGGAGCUCAGAGAGUCCCGGGAGCAGCUCCAGAGGGAGCUCAAGGAAU